GGUAAGCGCCUUUUCCACGUGCCCAGUUAAUCGUGGUAGUGAGCGCACACAGCCUUGACCAAGUUUCAUCUCCCUAAUCUAUUCGCGUCUCGUCCUCUUUAAAAGCCUAUAUCAUUCAGCCCACACAUCCAUGAAAAAGUUCUUUGGCACAUCUUCGAAAUCAAAAACUAAGGGGAUCAAUUACACUGACGACGCUACGCCACCUAACACACCUGGCUUGCAGACACCCAUACACUCUGCCCAUGCUGUCUACCAGCAACAACCAGCGCAGCCUGGGAAUUUCCGAAACAUCCACAGCGGCUUUCUCCCUUCAAGACCAAGUUCUGUCUUCGAUCCAGACCAGUCGUUAGAGGAUUUGGCAUAUGAACCGCCUCCGCCCAUCCCGGUGUCCCGUACUUCCUCUGUUGGAUCAAUUCAAGGUGCUUUACCGGCUGGCCAUCUUCCACCGGGUGCUUCGCCUCCCAACAGCAACAACCCCUCAUCUCCGUCAAUACCUCCUGCCAAUAAUUCAGCCACCAUACGGAAGAAACAGCCCCCGAGAGACAACCCCGGUGGUUCUGUUCCAACUCCCAAACAGGCUCCAGGUGUCCACGGUAUACUGAAAGCUCUAGAGCCUACAGGGCCUAUACCUCAUUUGCCUCCUGCUCCUCAGCACAAUCAUCAGUAUAAUCCAUCUUCCUCCGAUCUCCAUCAUAUACCUCCCUCUGGCCGAGAUACGCCCUCAUCAUACAUGCAACAUAAUAAUUCAGAUGAUCCUCAGCACAAAGACAAGUCACUUAAAUGGUCAUUGUUUAGCCGGAACAAUUCUCAUGUGGACGAUGUGAAGGACAAGGAUCGGCGGAGAGAGGAAAAGACUGUGCUGUCUGCUAGAGAGCAAGAGGCUAGACCCCAAGAGAAGGAGAUUAGAGAAGAAAAAGAACGGCAUUGGCAGUUUGUUGACCGCGAAGAUAGGAAGGAUCGGGAACCAUUACGAAAAGAAGAAAGAACUGUGGACAGAGAUCGGGAAAGUGCGGAAUUGACUCGAAUGAUAGGCUACCUGACAGCUACAGCCUCAGAAGAUUGGGCUCUUGUCCUGGAAGUUUGCGACCGAGCUUCAUCCAAUGAGGCAAAUGCCAAAGAGGCAGUCAAAGCACUGAGGAGGGAAUUCAAAUACGGUCCUCCUGCUGCUCAACUCUCAGCAGCUCGACUUCUGGCGAUAAUGCUAAGAAAUUCUUCAGAUGUAUUCAUCGCGCAAUGCACGACACGCAAGUUUCUCGACACCUUGGAGGAUUUGGUAACAAAUACCGGCGGAGGACCUUUCAGUUCGGGUAAAGGUACAUCACCAGUCGUCCGAGAACGAGUGAUGGAUGUUUUAGCUGCUGCAGCGUACGCUAGUAGUUCCAAAAAGGAUGCAGGCUUCCGAGGUUUGUGGAAAAAGGUUAAGCCUGCAGAUAAACCUGAUGAGGGUUUCCCUUUCGAGAAUGAUGAUGCGAUGUUCAAUCCUCCUGCUGUCAGUGGCAAUGGACGUGGCUCUUACUAUGAAAACACUCCACCUUCUGCUGCGGUACAGUACGAGUCGACAAACGACAAACCUACUACAGAACCCAAAAAGGAGCGAAGCGAUAGAGACCGUGAAGGACGACACAAAGAUCGCGAACACCGCGAACACCGUGAGCACCGUGAGCACCGUGAGCGUGACAAGGACCGGGAUCGAGAGCAUCGUCAUAAAGAUCGGGAACACAAAGAGAAAAAAUCUUCAAAAAACCGUAUCAUCCCUUUGGAAGAAGACAUUCGACGUUUAUUCCAGGAAUGUAAGAUUGGUCUUGGGAAUGCGAGUCUGUUGAGUCAAGCAUGUGUUCACGCGAAGGUUGAAGAACUCAAGAAAGGAGAAGUUAUCAAAGAAUUCCGUCUGAAGUGUCUUUCAUCCCAGGAACUCAUCGCUGCACAGAUUCCUUGGGCAACUGCAGGCGCAGAGCGCUCGAGAAAGGAGAAGGAGCGGGAAAAGGCGCUACUCUACGGAGAAAACAACGAUUCGAGUCGGAGAUCCAGGGACAGAAAUCGAGACCGGUCGAUUUCUCAGCUCGCAGACGCAGCUGGUAUCCCAGCAACAGACUUCCCUAUAGACGAACAGACUACCGAAGAGCAGCUUCUUGCUGCAUUGCUCGAAGCUAAUGGAGAACUACUUGCGGCACUGGGGCAGUACGAUGAUGUAGAAAGGGUUGCGAUGGAGAGGAAGGCUGAGGAAAAGAGUCGAAAAGAAGUUAGAAUGGAUCGAAGGGCCAUUGCAACGCUUGAACAGCAACAGCAGCUGGAAGAAACCGCAGCUAUCUCAGGUGCUGGUGCUGGUGGAAGUACUGUCCAUUUAACAAGCUCUCGUUCACCUUCACCUGCCUCCUAUCGCGGUUCGCGUCCUUCGUCUAUGGUCAUGCAGCAUCCUCUUCCUCAACAUCCACACUCCCUGCUUACACACCCAGCUCAACAACAACUACAGCAUCAUCUUCCUGCUCAGAAUUCUUUUUCCAGUCACAGUCCCGAAGUUCCUGGAACGACCCUCGCGCCUCCGCGCGCUCCUCCUCAUGGCCCAAGGAGUCCUGCAUCUGGGCAUGGACAUGGACAUACGAGGACAGGAUCGUCUGGCUUUCCCCCGUCGAGGACCCCGAGUCCAAAUACACCUAGUAUGGACCAUUCCAGCUCAGGUACAGGGACUGGGGAAAGCGUCGGAGGCUCUGCACUAGAUGUGGUUCGUGACAGAGAUCUAGUGGAUGGAUUCAAUAGCUUGCAUGUUGAUAAAGGCAGAGCUGCUUGGGCCGGGAGAAUCCCAGUGGAUGAUAGUAGCGACGAAGAAGUUCUAACCCCAAUCAAGCCUAGUGCUAAAGCGCUUGGAAAGAGACGCGUAGAAGUUAAUGACGCUACAGAGAAUUCGUUCAACCCAGACGACAUUUACUACGACCAACCCCGAGACUUGGGCUUGUCUGAUCCUUAUAACCCUUAUGCCUCAGACGGUGACAUACCUAUACCUUCAGGCGAAGGAGGGUAUAACUCGGAUUCCGACGAUUCCGAGUCGGCCUACUAUCCUAACGGUCGACCACGGUCGAGGAAUAACGGGCUUUUGCACAAUUUGCAUCACCCACCGGUGCAUUUUGUGUAUGAUGCUGCUGCAGAGCGGACGCAGCAGAGGAUAAAGAAGAUGGAGCUGGAGAAUCAGAUGGAAAAGUCGAUGGAGAUUGGAGGUGUUCAUUGAGCGAUCCGAUCGUGAAUUGCAUUGUCUUCUUAUCCGUGUGUAUGUACUCAUAGCCUUGUACCGAUUCUCCAAUCGAGGUCCUGGUCCAAGGAUGGAUAUGAAUGGAUGGAUUGUUGUGGAAACGAGCGCGGCGCCCAACGUUAUUUCGACAUGUACUUAAAACGAAUUAUUUAUUGCUUGUCUUCACUUGUAGAGUGCAUACAUUCAUUAUUGCAUCCAUUGGUUCAUCAUGAAACUGUUUAGGAUAGUAUACAUACUUAUGGAAAGAUAGUCUCAGUUC